CACGCCCCCGCCAGGUCCCACGCCCGGGUCUUCUGAGACCUCGCGCGGCCCAGCCCCGGAGCGACCCAGCUAUAUAAGUCCCAGCGGAAGACCGGGGCGCAGAGGGUCCUGCUGGCGCUAGGGUGAGGAGGAGGGGACGCGGGGACUCGGCCCCCAACGCCGCGCUUCGUCUGGAGCCGCCGCCUCUGCACCUUAGCUGCCGGGUGGGGGGUUCAAAAAACAGAAAGCGGGUUUUGCUGCCCGGGAGACAGGCGUGAAGAGCAAGGGAAAGAAACUUCCCACACCUUCGGGGCUGGAACCCUUUUCCUCUGCAUCUCCAGUCUCUGAGUGAAGAUGGGGGGCCUGACAGCCUCGGACGUGCACCCAACCCUGGGGAUCCAGCUCUUCUCAGCUGGAAUAGCGGCGUGCUUAGCGGACGUGAUCACCUUCCCGCUGGACACGGCCAAAGUCCGGCUCCAGAUCCAAGGCGAACGCCCGACGUCCAGUGCUAUUAGGUAUAAAGGUGUCCUGGGAACAAUCACCACUCUGGUCAAAACAGAAGGGCGGAUGAAACUCUACAGCGGGCUGCCUGCGGGGCUUCAGAGACAGAUCAGCUCCACCUCUCUCAGGAUCGGCCUCUAUGACACGGUCCAGGAGUUCCUCUCCGCAGGCAAAGAAACAACACCUAGUUUAGGAAGCAAGAUCUUAGCUGGUCUAAUGACUGGAGGAGUGGCAGUAUUCAUCGGACAACCCACAGAGGUUGUGAAAGUCAGACUUCAAGCGCAGAGCCAUCUCCACGGUAUCAAACCUCGCUACACGGGGACUUAUAACGCGUACAGAAUAAUAGCAACAACGGAAGGUUUGACGGGUCUUUGGAAAGGGACUACCCCCAAUCUGAUGAGAAGUGUCAUCAUCAAUUGUACAGAGCUGGUAACAUAUGAUCUAAUGAAGGAGGCCUUUGUGAAAAACAACAUAUUAGCAGAUGAAGUCCCCUGCCACUUGGUGUCAGCUCUUAUUGCUGGAUUUUGCGCAACAGCUAUGUCCUCCCCGGUGGAUGUAGUAAAAACCAGAUUUGUUAAUUCUCCACCAGGACAGUAUAGAAGUGUGCCCAACUGUGCAAUGAAAAUGUUCACUAAUGAAGGACUAACGGCUUUUUUCAAGGGGUUGGUACCUUCCUUCUUGCGACUCGGAUCCUGGAACAUCAUUAUGUUUGUGUGCUUUGAACAACUGAAACGAGAACUGUCAAAGUCAAGGCAGACUAUGGACUGUGCCACAUAAUCAGCUUCAAGAAAAUGAUGUGACAUACCAGUGGGAAUCUCGCUGACUGGAUCAUAAAAACAAACAAAACUUGCUCACUUAUUUUAACCUAAAAUGAUAAAGGAAUUUUGGUAGAGAAUUUUGGACUUUUCUAUAUAAAAAAGAGGAAAACUAAUGCCUAUUUCAUGUUAACUUUUUUUUCUCAGUGUCUUAAGAAGGGGGAAGCAACACAUUCAGCAUAUACCCUGGCAAAUGUCAUGCAGAUAAGCUACUGCAUUUGACCAUCUCUGGAGUGCAAUUGUGUGAAUGAAUGUGAAGAACUUUAACAUGUUUUAAUUACAAUUCCAACUGGUAGAAAAGAAACUGAGUGAAAUGCAGUUUAUAUUUAUAAAUACUUAAAAAUGAAGUUAUUAAAAAUAUUAGUUUUUAUUUAUUAACCACAGUUGUCAGUUAAUAUAUUCAAUAAAGUAUUGCUAAUACCUUUUAAA